AUGUAUGGUGGAGGUGACGAUGUUUCUGCGGUUGUACUAGAUGUCGGUACAUCUUAUAGUAAAGGUGGUUAUGCAGGUGAAGAUUCACCAAAAGCAAUAUUCCCAACCGAUGUUGGAGUGACCUAUACCUCUGGUAAAGAUGGUAUGGUUGGAAGUAGAGAGCAGGGAAUCGGUGAAGACCAAGACAUGGAUCAAGACGUUAAGAAAACAUAUUAUAUCGGUACAAACUCUAUCACCUAUAAACGACCACAUAUGGAGAUACAGAAUCCUUUACAAGAUGGUUUAAUUAAAGAUUGGGAAGCAAUGGAGAAGAUUUGGAAUCAUGCAUUCAGAGAGAGAUUGAAUAUCAACCCGAAUGAACAUCCUAUAUUGUUGGCAGAGCCAUCAUUCAACACCAGACAGAUCAGAGAGAAAGUUGCAGAGUUGAUGUUUGAAAAGUUUCAUACACCGGCAUUGUUCAUCUCAAAGAAUGCCGUACUCACCUCUUUCGCAAGUUGUAAAGCAUCGUCACUCGUUUUGGAUUCAGGUGGUGGAAUGACAUCUAUUGUACCUGUUCACGAUGGUUAUGCAAUAAAGAAUGCAAUUAUUAAAUCCAAUCUUGCAGGUAAUAAACUAUCUUCAGAAUACUAUAGAGUGUUAUCACAAAAGAAUAUUAGGAUCAAUCCACAUAAUCUUAUCAAAAAGACAGAGAUUAAGCAUCCGGAGUACAAUGUAUCGGUUAUCGAGUCGCCAGAGUUGACAGAAUCGUACAGACGCUAUGUAUCAUUAGAAACAAUUAGAGAUUUAAAAGAAUCAUCAUUUAGAGUAUCAAACGGUGCCGUUGGUGAUGAUAUAAAUAUUGCAACAGUACCAUACGAGUUACCGGAUGGUAAUUUACUGGAGGUAGGAUCCGAUCGUUUCCAAAUACCAGAGUUGAUGUUCAAUCCGACGUCAUUGAACGACGAGACCAACAAUUACUUGCCACUGCCCAAGAUGAUCUAUGACAGUGUCGAAAAGUGCGAUACCGACAUCAGAAAGGAGUUGAUUGCCAAUCUCUUGUUGUCCGGUGGUAACACACUGUUCCAAGGAUUCUCAGAUCGUCUCUACAUGGAGCUCGGUGAUCUCUCACAGGCAUUCGGUAAAGUGAAGUUCGUUGUGCCCAGCGCUAACGAGCGUAAAUACAGUGUUUGGAUCGGUGGUUCUAUCUUGGGUUCACUCGGUACCUUCCAACAGAUGUGGAUGAGUAAAUCGGAAUGGGAAGAGUUUGGUCGUCCUCUAGUUGAAAAGAAAUGUCCAUAA